AUGUGGAAUUAUGCUAUACUAGAUGCCUGUAGCUUUUCACGUCAAAGGAGUGUAUCUGGUGUGUUCGUUCAAGUGCGUAAUGCCACUAAAAGAGCAGCCGGUUCCAGAACAAGCAUGAAAGAUUCUGCAGGGAGAAGACUAGGUCCAAAGAAGUAUGAAGGCCAGGAUGUUUCCCCAGGUGAAAUUAUUAUGAGACAAAGAGGAACUAAGUUCUAUCCCGGGGAAAACGUUGGUAUAGGGAAGGAUCAUUCCAUAUUUGCUUUGGAGCCUGGAGUUGUUCGUUACUACCUUGAUCCUUUUCAUCCAAAAAGAAAGUUUAUCGGCGUGGCUUUAAGUCGCGAUUUGAACUUACCAUCCCCUCACUUUGAGCCAACCAUAAGAAGGUUUGGUCAUUUUGAGCUUACUAACAAGAGAGCAGCGUCUAAAGAAGAGAAUUCUAUAUCCAGAAAAGAUUAUCUUGCCAAACCUGAUAUUUUAAAACAGUUGAAUAUCAGGGAAUCCAAAAGGAAAGAAUUACAGAAGGAACUUAGUAAAGUUCUUCAAGAAGAACUUAAGUUGGAUAUAGCGGACAUCGAUUUGGCAACAUUAUAUUUGACUCGUGUAAGGGCUUCAUUGAAGAACGGUUUCUCCAUUGAAGAUGCAAGGUUCAAUAGUAGAUACUACUUAAAAACAGAAGAGCGUUUAAAGGCAAAGAGAGAAAACUGGACAAAUGAGAAAUUGACAGAAAGUCUAUCAAAGAUUGAUAGCUGUAGUGAUCUAUUGAAUUCAUCUACAUCUUUCAAUAAUAAGCUAAAAUUGCAUCAGUACAUUUCUGAACAAGAGAAGCAAGCCUUGAAGGUAAAGCUACUGGGGGAUUUAGAAAAAGUGCAACACGUACGAACCAAAAAAGACAAGAACGACAUUAAGGCACUUUUCAAAGACGCUUGUAACUUCCUGACUUUAUCAGAAGAGGUUCAUUUGCGUAGGAAAUACUUAAAGCCCGUCUUCCCCGAAACGGACAGUACCGUUGAAACUAAAAUAGGAAAGAAAACAAUUGUGUCUAGACGUUUUGACUACACCAAGAACAAAGUCCAAAUCAUCGCUAGAACCAAGCAAGCUUAUUUGAACAAGCUUUGA